GAAAUGAAAUAAUUUGUCUCAUAUUUUAAAAAUAAUAUUACAAUCUUUUUUAACUUUUAAAAUAGUCUGAUAAAAGUUAAAAUAGACUAUAUUUGUAGCGCUGUUCUUUUGCUUUUGACUACCCUAAUGAAAAGAAAAAAAGAUAAAUAAGUUUAAGUUACUUCUGUUUCUGAAUAAAGCAGGAACUGAUGUCAUCAAAUAAUGUUUGUUUUAAUAUUAUGCUCUGAAGUUAUCCAUGAGGAAUAAAAUAUAGCAGAUGUAAAUCAUUUUUAGCUCUGAAAAACGCAGUGUCAGUCAUCUGAAGGCACGUUGUAUAUGCUUCCUGUAUUCAUAGUUUUCAUGUGACUACACAUCCUUAAUAUGGCUUAAAGGGGUCAUAUGAUACGAUUUCAAGUUUUCUUUCUCUUUAGAGUGUUACAACCUGUUUGUGAAUAGAUAAGAUCACUAAAGUUGCAAAGACUAAAGUCUCAAACCCAAAGAGGUAUUCUUUAUAAAAGUUUAGACUCGCCCAAGCCCUCCUUAAAGGGGGGGUGAAAUGCUCGUUUUCACUCAAUAUCCUAUUAAUCUUGAGUACCUAUAGAGUAGUACUGCAUCCUUCAUAACUCCAAAAAGUUUUUAGUUUUGUCAUAUUUAUAAGAGAAAGAUAUUCUGUACUGUUUUUUCCCGGAAAAACCCGACCGACUGGAGGCAUGACGUGUUGGCGGAGCUAAAGAAUCACGAGCGCCAGUAGGCUUUUGCGUUGAGAGCUGGAAGCUGUGACUUUACCGUGAGGAAAAAAACAUCAUCCAAAACAAACCAUGGCUACCAGUCAGAUUCAGCGUAUAUUUAUGAUCCAGAAUCAGAUCCAGAGGCUGAAAUUUAACAAGAGCAGCAGCAGCAACGACUACAGCAGGACGUCUCUAUGUAUUGAAACUGUAUAUGUUUGCUUAGCGGUUUUGGAAAAUGGCUAAGUUCCACUUUAUGUCGUCUUUUUUUUUUUUUUUUUAAGGUGUACAUGUGGAAAGUGCAGUUUGAUGACAACAUCGCAUGUUGUUUACUUGAUGUGCUUACGCGCCGAUAGCUAAGUUAACAACACAGAGAUAUUUGAAGCAGUUUUACUCACCGCCUGCGGUUCCAACACACGAUCGUGACCCUUUUUCGUUGGGACUGCAUUAUCCUUAAGAAAUAAACGAUGUGCAAAUCCGGCGUCAAACUGGGCCUUGUUUGUAAAACAAGCAUCUUCGAAAUGUAGGGAACAAACAAAAACACUUCUUUUGUGACUUUUCGCUCUCGCUCUGAUCAGUUAAUGUCUCUGCUCUGCUCUACAGGAGCGCGCGCUCUUCCGGGAGAAGUGCUCUCAGGACCCAUAUAAGGAAAUUCCGCUCCAUCUAACGUCACACAGAGCCAUACUCGAAAAAAACUUUCCGAAACUUGUGACAAACCGGAAGGAAAAUUUUUGGAAUAAAAAUACUCCUUCAAACGUAAUUUUUGAAACUUUGUCCAUGUUUAGCAUGGGAAUCCAACUCUUUAACAGAGUAAAAAACUCAGUAUGCAUGAAAUAGCAUUUCACCCCCCCCUUUAAAAUGCUUCGUUUAAACAAAUCCCCACAUGUCUACAUCAUGAUGUGGGAAGAUUUACAUAAUGUCACCCAAAUGUUCAUGCAAAGAAAGUAACUUUGUAACUUUGAUACUUGACGUAGUAUUGUUGCUGCCGCCAUGUUGUUGAGAUGCUGUGUGUUUCGAUGUGAAAGUGAAAAUACUUUGUUUGGCCUUCCAAAAAAGGACACAACUAGAAAUCAGUGGUUAAGUUGUAUCUACAACACUGUUUCAUAACAGUUUAACCCAAAUUUUUGAGUGUGUGCAGUGCUUUUUAUGGAGGACUGUUUUCUGGGAGAGUAGACUAAAGUGCCCCCUGUUCUGACUCACAGUCUACGCUUGAGGCAUUCGGCCAAUCACAACGCACUUGAUAGCUGCCCAAUCUUUUCAGACUGAUGAGCUCUGUAAAAAACUACACAUUUCAGAAAGAAAAUGAAUGAAGCCCAAAAGAUUACAUUGAACAAUGAGGAGCUUUUCGAUGACUAUAAUUACAGCUACAACAAUUACAGCUACAACUCGAAUGGUGAAGGAGCUGUGUGUGGUCAGGAGUCUAGCAUGUACUUUGAUUCCAUUUUUAUUCCAGUCCUUUACUCUCUGGCUCUAGUAGUAGGGCUGGUGGGAAAUGGACUGGUUCUGGCGGUACUGUGGAAAAAGAGAAAGAGCUUGAAUGUUACUGACAUCUUCAUCCUCCAUCUGAGUUUAGCAGACCUUCUGCUGCUGCUAACAUUGCCCUUCUGGGCUGUAGAGGCAGUUCAGGGGUGGAUCUUUGGCACAGUGCUCUGCAAGCUGACUGGAGCUCUGUUCAAGAUCAAUUUCUACUGUGGUAUUUUCAUGCUUUCCUGCAUCAGUCUUGACCGCUACCUGUCCAUCGUCCAUGCAAUGCAGAUGUAUUCUCGUAAAAAGCCAGUGGCGACUCACUGUUGCUGCCUGAUGGUCUGGUUCUUCUGCCUUCUGCUCUCCAUUCCUGACUGGAUAUUCCUUGUUGCCACUGAGGACUCCAGACGUCAAGAUAAAACAGAAUGUGUUCCGUUUUUCCCCUCUGAUUCUUGGCAUCUGGCCACUCGUCUGCUCUACCAUAUUCUGGGUUUCAUUCUUCCAGCACUAAUGAUCCUGUUCUGUUAUUAUCACAUCCUGCAGCGGCUGCAGCAUGGCUCCCAGUGCAAGCAGAAGAAGAGAGCCAUCCGUGUCAUUGUAACCCUGGUACUGGCCUUCUUCAUCAGCUGGACGCCAUACAACAUCACUCUCAUUGUUGACACCAUACAAACCAAUAAGACCAUCAGUCUCAAUACACAAAUAUCCUGUGAAAGUGCCACAGCGUUAGAUGUAGCUCUCACAGCUACAGCCACAUUGGGCUACUUACACUGCUGUGUCAAUCCAGUGCUUUAUGCUUUCGUGGGGGUGAAAUUUCGCCAACACCUCCUAGACAUACUGAAACCGCUGGGCUUCACGCUGAUGGGACCAGCGGUUCCGGUGUCACGGAAGAGUUCUUUAUGGACAGAGUCAGUGGACACCUCACACACAUCUGCUUUCUGAUAUAUCAUAUGCCAUCAAACUCAUAUGGGUAUAUCUUAUGGGUAUAUAUGCAUAUUUUUAGCAUGCAAACUUUAGCAUCUUUACACAAGCAUUGCCAUUGACACCAAGUACGAUAACUAUAACAAUAACUAUUCUUAGUCUUUAUAAUCAUUAUAAAUGAAUGAGAAAAUGGAAGUCCACACCUAUAACAAUAACAUUAUAUAGAGGAUCAAUUUAGUUGGAAUGACUGGAAGGCUUUUCCAAAUGAUGAACGUGAAAAAAACAUUAACAACCAUUCAGAAUUCAAGGAACUUUAAAGAGCUCAAUCUGCAGAUGACAAAGUUUGGUGUACGUUUAUGAUAAACAAAGUUUAUCAUAUGUUGGUGUGGACACUAAUAUUUAUCUUUAAAAUUAUAUUUAUAGUUAUCGUUCUUGGGGUGAACAGGUCUUAAGUCUGAAAGUGCUUUUUAGCUUUGCAGGCUGCAUGAUAAACAUGAAUAUAUUCAUGAAUAUAUAAACAUGAGCAGUCUUUUACUUUCAGGAUAUUUCUCUAUGCACGUGGCAGCUAUCAUUACAGCUCAUAUAAAACAUAUAAGACAUAAAAAAGUUUCUAUUUUAGUCAAAAAAAAAAAAGUGUUUUACUAAUUUACUUUUAUUAGUGUUAUUGUGUGUAAUGUGUAAAGUGUUCCUGAUUUUUUAUGUUAAUUGUCUUGUUUUAUUUUUGUUUUUUGUUGCUUCUUCUACAAUGUUUUUAUCUUGAUUUGGUGUAAAUACAUUUUCAAAACUGAAAAAGAAACUGAGUAAAUGUGUAUUUUGGUCCUUUUUGUCUUCUUAUAAGCUCCUAUAUUUUGAUGUAUAGCUUAGUUGAACCUCCCAGUCCUCCCUCCCAUUUAUUUUUAUCUUUUUUUUUUUUUUUUUUUGCUAGCCUAAAACCUGUAGCUACAAUGUGAAAAUUCCUCUUUAAUGCUGUAAACUGGAAUAUAAUAAAAUAAAAGAGAAGGAACAAAGAAAUGCCAAGAAUCAAUAAAUUGUAUGAAUU